AUCACACCAAGACCACUAGAGAGCCAUGCACCGAAUCCAUCCCAUCAACUCCACAGUGUUGAUAAUAAUUCUAACCUGAUCGAUUAUCAAUAGCUCCCUAAUUUCAGUCUACAAAAUCCCCGCCAAACAUUUUCCUAUUGAUUCAAAUUCAGGAAGAUUCAGUUCCAUAAAUAUCAGAAAUUAACCAGAACCAGCAUCAUUGGUGCAAAUUUGUUCUUCAAAAUUAACAAUCAUGGUUUUUCACCUGAAGGGCUUCAUCUCCCUCCUCAUUCUUGCUCUCACUGUCUCAUCCACAGCCUCCGCUCGAAUUCUUGACGAGGCGGCGGCGGCUGCACCCGCUACGGUUCCGCUUCCUGGUGUGUCUCCUGGCACCACCAACCCUGCCGGCGGUGUCGCCCCGAUAUUCCCGGAUGAUGUUCACUCGCUCACCUUCUUCAUGCACGAUAUACUCGGCGGGAGUCACCCCUCCGCCAUCGCGGUGACGGGCAUUGUCGCCAAUCCAGCAGUCGGGGGGCAAGUCCCCUUCGCAAAGCCGAACGGCGCGGUUCUCCCGGUCAACAACGGCAUCCCCACGAACAAUGCCAACGGCGGAAUCGUCAACAACAACAACAUUCCCUUCCUCACCGGCCUCAGCGGAUUUUCGUCGAACAUCUUGCAGAACAACAAUGGGAACAACAUCAUCGGUGGGGUCCCUGGAUUCCCCGUCCUCAACAGCGCACAGUUUCCAUCCGGCACCACCCUCCAGAAGCUCAUGUUCGGGACGAUGACCGUUUUCGACGACGAACUGACAGAAGGGCACGAGCUAGGAUCAGGGCUGGUGGGAAAAGCACAGGGGUUUUACAUCUCAAGCUCAGAAGACGGGACGAGCCAAACUAUGGCGUUCACCGUGAUGUUCACGAGUGGAAGCUACGCUGACAGUUUGAGCUUCUUUGGAGUUCACCGGACGGCGGUGGCAGAAUCGCAUUUGGCAGUGAUGGGCGGGACCGGGAAGUAUGUGAACGCUAAGGGGUUUGCGACUGUGAAGACAUUCCCGGCGGCCAACCAGCACGAGACCGAUGGAGUGGAGACACUGCUGCAGAUUACUGUUAUUCUUGCUUAUUAGUUUGUUUCCUGGCAAUUGUUGUAUAUGUCCGUUGUGAUUUCCUUUAUGACCUCAAUUAUGUCUUCUCAAUUAA